AUGUUAAUUGAAAGCAUGGCAGGAAAAAGUGGGGCUUUAGAAGGUAACAUAUUAGAAACUCACCCAUUCUAAAAUUAUGAAGAUGAUGAUAUAGUUGGUUAUUUUGGAUAAUAACUUAAAAAUAACGGAUAUAAUUAUUAUGGAAACGAAGUCAUGUAUAGUGGUACAUAUGGAUGUAUGAUGAAAAUGGAUAUAUAUAUAGGACUAGUAUAUUAUUAAAGAUUACGUCAUAUGGUUUCAGAUAAAGCAUAAGCUAGAUCAACUGGACCAGUAGAUAUGUUAACUUAAUAACCUAUAAAAGGUAGAAAAAAAGGUGGUGGUAUAAGAAUGGGAGAAAUGGAAAGAGAUGCUUUAUUAUCUCAUGGUAUUUCUUAUUGUGUACAUGAUAGAUUUCUUAAUUGCUCAGAUUAUUCAGAAGGCUAUAUAUGUAAUAGUUGUGGAUAACUUGUUUCUACUUAUUUAUUUACUAAUUUACUAAGUGGUGAGGCUUUAGAUAAUUUCUAUAAUUAUAAUAGGGGAUAGUAAAAAUAAAAAGCAAAGUGUAGAAAAUGUAGUGAAUCAGAAUGCUAAAAAGUUGUUAUUCCUUUUGUUUUAAGAUAUCUUGCAAAUGAAUUAGCGGCUAUGAAUAUUAAAUUAACAUUUAAAUUAGAAUGA